GCUGUGCGAAAUUUUGUCAAGCAAAACGUGAAAUUGCAAGAAAUAAAGUAUUUGGAAAUUUCGCGAACCGGUAUCAACAAGUGAAUUUUUUGUAGUAAAAUGGGCGAUGUUACCGGCCUGACCAAUGCCGAAGCUGACGAGCUUUGUCAAAAACAAGAUGCCUCCACAAAGGAUUUCCUGUUCCAGCAAACCAUGUAUCGCAUCAAGGAUCCACGCAAAUCUCUGCCCUUCUACACAGGCGUCUUGGGUAUGACGCUGCUGGUUAAAUUGGACUUUCCAGAGGCAAAGUUCUCGCUGUACUUCAUGGGCUAUGAGAACCCUGCCGACGUGCCCAAAGAUCCCAAAGAGCGCAGGAGCUGGGCAAUGAGUCGCAAGGCCACCAUUGAAUUAACGCACAACUGGGGCACUGAAAGCGAUCCGGAUCAAAGCUAUCACACUGGGAAUAGCGACCCACGUGGCUUUGGACACAUCGGACUGAUGGUACCCGAUGUCUAUGCUGCCUGCAAGCGCUUUGAGGAGCAUGGCGUUGACUUUGUGAAGAAGCCCGACGAUGGUCGCAUGAAGGGUUUGGCUUUCAUCAAGGAUCCCGAUGGCUACUGGAUUGAGAUUUUCAAUGCCCAUACCGUACCGAACUAAUAGAAACUGAGAUUUGUAUCUGUUACCAUAAUCGCAUUAAUUUCAUUUGCUUAUCGGAUUUAUCUGCAAUUAUUGCCAGUAAUUUUUGAAAUGUUUUUCUUAUUUUUGUUUUUUGGUCUUAUUUGAGAACUUAAAGUUGUAUUUGGCCAGGAAUGUUUGUAACAAUAAAAUCACAAGCCAUAUUUAUUCA